AUGCAAGCACUAUUCCCCCAGUUCGGGAAGCUCCCGGUGGAACUGCAGGUAAUGAUCUGGGAAGCAGCCUACCAUCUAUCAGCGCCGCAAGUUAUCGAAGCCAACGCAAAACGAAGAUACACAGGGAUCAUGGAGGCCAACGAAGUGGAGUAUGAUGAGAAUGGCGAAGCCAAGGACAAGAGUGGAAACAGACGGAUAGGUGACUAUUCAUGGAUCAGAAAGCCCUACUCGCAUGGCUAUCGUGUGGUGUUUCCUUGGGCGAGGACACAAGUGUCUGCUCCAGGCAUACUCGCUGCGUGCUCGGGAUCGCGUGAAGUCGCUCUCCGGCUUGGUGGUUUCUCGACAGUCUGGUUCCAUCAUUCCCAGGAGACUCCCCAGAAAAUCUGGUUUAAUUUCUCGUCUGAUAUUGUGUUCCUGAAUGAGGUAUACGCAGAUGUGCAUAACAGAGAGUGGUCACUCAUAGGCAACCGGGGUAGCUGCACACGCAUUAGGCAUCUUGCGGUGGAGUGGUCUUUGUUUCAUCACACAUACUCUUUCCGUUACGAGAGCGAACGACACCGCUGGAUAUACACUGUUAGCAAUUUGUGCAUGCGUUUUCCUGUGCUAACAGACCUGUAUAUCUUCGUCCCCGCCGUUCGAAAUAAGCGGAAUUUGUUCUACGCCAAAUCCGACGUACAUCCUGAGGAGCCGAUGCCUUGCGAAGGGCUUCCUAUCAUACUCAAGCCGGUAAAAAAAGCUGUUUCUGAAGAAGUGGAACUCCCAGAAUGCUACUGUCCUAGGGGAGAUCCCAACAAGCCAACGAACUUGAGGGAAACAAUCACUGAAGUCGAAACGAAUUUCAACUCUGAAUGGCUAAGGAAAGGCGUGCAAGAGGAGACUGGGCACCGUCCGAUGCCAAACUUCCCGCCGCGUAUUCACCCAAGGUUAUUUCUGCGGAAAGGAUUAAAGCCGGACGAUGUUCGAAAUGAAGAUUCGGAAGAGUGA